UUGUUUUUGGACAUUCGCAUUAGAACCUCGUUAAAACAAUUUUAGCUGCCGUUGUUUUGAGUGAGAAAUCCAAAUGAAGUCUUGUUUUCGGUGUUGUUGUUCCCACCAAAAUGUGAGCAUUUCAACAUUGUUGUGCAGCGGCAUUGUUGUUGUUCGACGGGGUAUUUGUGAGUGUUUUGUGGCUUUUGGCCAACAAGCAGGACUGGUUUUUCCCAACUUCAGUUCUUGUUGGAUUCUCAAAGAGAUCGCGUGUUUAGUGAAAUAAUAACUAACGCGUGUUUAGUUGUUGUCUCGUUUUUGGUUCUGUUUUCCCCCAAAACAAAAAAAAAAAAAAUGUUAUGGUGAUGUGUUGACACACAAUAAAAGAAUUGUAAAACAGAAAAAAAAGGAAACAAAAAACAACACAUCUAAAAACGCAAACUGACCAAAACGCCAAUUCGUUCAGAACAAAAAGUAAUAAUAUUAUUCUUUACAUUUUCAAAUCAAAAAAAAAAAAAUAAUUUACAUCAACACUGGAUGUGAUUUCAAUUCGAGCGGACGUGUGUGAUUGCAAAAAAAAAACAACAACAAUGAAAAUUUUGAAAAUAAAAUUAAUACUGAAAUUGAAAUAACAAAAUGCGAUAAAAUAUGUAUGCGGAAAAUUCUUUUCACCAUUUGAAACGCCUUUGAGAUAAUGUAGCCGCCGGCAAAUGUUUUACAAUCGUGACAAUUUUGAAAAACAAAACAACAAAACGUGAUAUAAAAAAAUUAAUUGUAGCAGUUUCGAAUCAAAAUACGGAAUUCAAACGCUUUGGAUAAACAAACUUGCUUUUGGUCUUUUCUUCUUCUCUUCUUCUUGGCAAAAACAAAGUUAAGGUGCGUGUCAAACGCGGUGCCAUUGCCGCCCGCCUGUAAUCCUUAUCAAAAAAUCUCAUGGCAUCGAAAUUAAAAACCAAAACACAGCAACAUAUCUUUCAAAUCUUUAAAAUUCGAGAAAAACAAAACAAAACCUAAAAAUGUGCAAUAAUUAACAAAGUCAAUAAGUGAGUGUAAAAUACAAAUAAAAAAGGAAUUGUAAGCGAAUAAGUGAAUCAGUGAGCGGGCGAGUGAACAAAUGGAACGCCACUACAUUUAAUUAAUUAAAAAAUCUCUUAACUAAUGACAAUCGUGUUAAAAAUAACAUAAAUUUUCAAAGAUAACAAAGCGUGGACGAAACCCCCGCAAAUAACAAAGAAAACAAAAAAUAAAAAAAAAGAAAAUCCCAAAAAAAAAAUAAAACACUCAGAGAUAACGACAAACAUCAACUUCCAGUUAAAUCUUCUUCAGCAAAUCCCCCGAAAAAAAAGAAUCCCCAAGGAGCCACGGAGCAAAACAGGCAACAACGGCAGCAGCAGCAACACAAAAAUUUAACAAAAAAAUCCAAAUCUCACGCCUUAAAAAUCUUCAAAUAAAAAAAGUGAAGAAUAAAAAAAAAUCCCAAAAGUGUUUGGGUGUUGUUACUGCAAUUGUUCGUUGGCUGAUUGCCUUUGCCUCGGUCUAGCUGUGUUCAUAAAACUAUGAACAUGAAAGACUGCUGCAAUAAAUUAGAUCGUUAAGUGAUUUAGGCUAUAAAAUGUUUAUGUAUUUUUAACCCAACAUUCUAGAGUACUUGUAAAUGUGUGUGCAUGAAAGAUAAGAGCAUAAGGGAUGAUAACACUUCAUGCUGCUGGAGACGCAUUGAUAAUAAAGAAUAUUCUCCCAUAAACAUGCGCUCAGCUGGGGAGUAAAUAUAGAUCACAGCAAUUGUGUGUUGCAUUAGGCCUAUGCAUAGAAUUAGAAAUGUCAAGUGUUUGUAGCCUUAAGUAGAUGCAUAAGAUUAAACCCCCCUAAGAUUUCUGUUGUGUACUAGCACUUAAGUAAUACAUUUUGUUCAAUAAAAUUAGAAUUAAACUGACAAACGAACAAACAAGUUCUAGAAUUUGAUUCUCCCGCUAACAUUGGUCCUUCGACAAAAAAAAACCAGCGGCCACAAAAAUAUAUUUCAAAAAAAAAAAGAGAAUUAUAUUUUUGUAAAAAAAAAACAAAACAGAAAAAAAAAAAAAAGCCAUAGGGGCAAAACAAAAAAAAAGCCAUAGGGGCAAAUAAAAAACAAAAAAAAAAAGCCAUAGGGGCAAAGAAAAAACAAAAAAAGCCAUAGGGGCAAAGAAAAAAUCAAAAAAAGCCAUAGGGGCAACAAAAGCAAAAAAAUAAAACAGAAUAAUUUUGAAAAAAGCCACAGGGGCAUUAAAAGAAAAGAAGCUAAAACUACAAAUUUUACUUGCUUCACAAAACAAGGAAAAAUGGCGUCGAGACAUAACUUGUAUAAGCUCCAAAGCCUACUCCUUAAAGAAGUAAUUGGGAUUAAGGAAAAACUGCAAGCAGGCAUGGUUCGGAAAGCAGCCAUGGGUGACACACUACGAUCCCUGGAAAGCAAAAUGAAGGAAGCCACUACGAACCACGAAAUGCUGAGAGUGCAUGGCGAAAACACUGAUCCCUAUUUCAAAGAAAAUGUUUGGGAUCUCAUCAACUUGAACUAUGGAAAAGCAAAGGAACUCCUAGCGAGUUUGGAAGAAGAGGUCGAGCGAGAACCGCAAAGGGUAAUAAAAGAAGCAGAGCCCGAAGUGCAUGGGCUAAUGCUCGAUCAACAGUUAAAGGCCUUCCAAGAGGAAAUGCAACAACAGAUGCAACAACAAAUGCAACAAUUUAUGUUGAUGUUCGAGAAGAAUAAAAGAGAAAAUGAGGAAGAAAGACAAACCCAUAUAGAAUCAUCACCAAUGGGCAAUCAGGCGAAUAUAAAAGUAAGCGCAAUCAUCUACCAAUUCAGGAAAAAAGUAAACAAACUCGCCGAUGCCGUUGAAAGCGAUUUAGCUGGACUAUCAAAAUAUGCUUUGGAGUACAUGAAGUCAUCGUGGGAGAAGCAUAUGGAUGAAAUUAGGAAAUUGCAUCUCGAGCUCUCAACGGUGCAUGGAAUGGAAGAGGUAGAUCUCGAAUUUGAAGAAAUUGAAGAAAAGUUUGAGAGCAAAAUGCAGGAUAUGAUAAGAAGGAUAGAUGGUCUUAAAGAGGAGUCACUGGAAGUAGAACUAAAAAGAGUUCAAAUACCAUCCUUUAGUGGUCAUGUGGAAGAGUGGAGUUCAUUUCACGAUUUAUUUAAAAAGAUGAUUGAUGAAAACUCCAAAUUAUCAAAAGUUCAAAAACUGUACUACCUCAAGACAAAUCUAAAAGGAGAGGCAUUUCGCUUGGUGCAACAUCUUCAAGUGACCGAGGCAAAUUAUGAAGCAGCAUGGGAAUUACUGGAAAAAAGAUAUGGCAACAGGAGAAUUUUAUUCACUAAAUUGGUAGAUAGAAUACUGGACCAUCAAAACAUCAACAGCCUGUCAGCAAUAAGCAUAAGAAAUUUGCUGGACAAUGUAAAUGAAAGUAUUCAGGCGUUGAAAGCAAUGGAUAUUCCCCUAGAGCAAGCGGAUCCCAUUUUAGCCCGAAUAAUUAUACGGAAACUGGAUAAGGAUGGGCUUAUUCUUUAUGAGCAGAAUGUAAAGAAAUCCAAGGACAUCCAAAAACUUGAGGAUGUGAUGGACUUCCUGGAGCAGCAGUUUCAAGCCUUGGAAGCUUCAGUAGGCAGAAAACACAAUAACAUAGGACUGUACAAACUCCAAGAAAAAUCAGCAGUGGUAGCGGAAUUAAAACAAUGUAAGUUCUGUAAAAUGAGCGGACAUGAUAUCGCAUGGUGCAGAAAAUUUUCGGCGUUAUCUUCGAAUGAAAGAUACAAUUGGGCAAGAUCAGCACAGGUCUGCCUCAGAUGCUUAAGCCACAACAAGGAUAAAAAAUGUUACAAUGAAAUUAAAUGCCAGAAGUGUGGAAUGAAUCACAUCACAGUGAUGCAUUUAGAGCGAAGAGGACAUACGAAAGCAAUGACCACCAAUACAACAACAAAUGUUCUGCUAGCAACAGCCCAAGUUCGUAUAAAAUCACUGCAUGGAGAAUUUGUAACAGUCAAAGCGCUGAUAGACCAAGGAUCACAAAUUACAUCCAUAUCAGAGGACGCGGCUCAACUGUUGCAGCUACCAAGGAAGAAGACAGAAGUGAGGUUACAAGGUCUAGGAGAGACCCUAGUUGGCGUGGCGAAAUCUAAAGUUGCACUGGAACUACGACCCAGAUUUUUGAGCAACAUAAUGAUUAAGGCAGAAGCACUAGUCCUUCCAGCACUUGCAUCAGCACAUCCCGACAGAAGGUUUCAAUAUGACGUGGAUAAAUGGAGAAAUGUAAAUUUGGCAGAUCCAAAUUUCAACAGCCCGGAAAGAAUCGAUUUAGUCAUUGGAGCCGAUCUUUACUCACAAAUAUUGGAAGAAGGAGUUCGCCACGAUGAGCAAAUUGUGGGACAAAAUACGAAGUUGGGUUGGAUUUUAUCUGGAACAGUAGUAGUAAAUCCUGGAUUGAACAUAAAGAAAUCGGCAGCAACAACAACAAUUGAGAGGUUCUGGGAAAUAGAGGAAAUAGAAGAUGAAAAAACGACCGAAGAAGACGAAUACUGCCUAAAGUUAUAUGAAGACACAACACGCCGAGACAAUUCAGGAAGAUUUGUCGUGCGUUUGCCGUUAAUUGAAGAAAAAGAUUUGGGAGAUUCAUAUAAAAGAGCCAUGGCGAGGUUUAUAAACUUGGAAAAAAGAUUAGAAAAUAAUGCGGAAUUAAAGUCAGAGUACGAGAAAACAAUGAACGAGCUCAUAUCCAUGGGCCAAAUGGUAAAGGUGGAUCCAAGUAAGAAGGCUUUGUAUUAUAUGCCGCACCAAGCAGUGGUACGUGAAACAAGUCUAACCACAAAAGUUAGAGUGGUAUUUGAUGCUUCAUCGACAACUUCAAAUGGGAAGUCGCUGAAUGACAUACUUCACGUGGGACCAAGGCUUCAAAAAGAUAUAUUUGACAUUGUAACAAAGUGGAGAUCGUGGAAGUUUGUCAUCUCAGCUGAUGUGGAGAAAAUGUUUCGUCAGAUUAAAGUUGAAAAAGAAGACCAGGAAUACCAACAUGUGUUGUGGAGGAGUAAUCCGUCGGAGCCUAUCCAACAAUAUAAACUUACUACGGUAACAUAUGGCACUGCAUCAGCACCAUUUCUGGCUGUAAGAUCGCUCAUAGAAAUUGGAAAUAGGUGCCAGAAUCAAGAAAUCGCUCAGAGGAUCAAAGAAGAUUUCUACAUGGACGACCUUUUAACAGGAGCGAAUACAAAACAAGAAUGCAGGGAGGUGCAGAAGAAGAUAACGCUGCAACUGGAGGAUUAUGGGUUUCAUUUAAGAAAAUGGAUAUCAAACUCUCCUGAAGUAUUGAGUGCGGUGAAAUUGAAUGAAGAAAAUGAAGUGCUGAGAAUAGAAGAAGAUGAAUGCUUGAAAACAUUGGGAUUACAAUGGAAUCCACAGAUCGAUUGCUUUACAUUUAGUAUGCAAAUUAAAAAAGAAGACAAGUUGACAAAACGAAUAGCAUUGUCAAGACUGGCACAAAUAUUCGAUCCAUUAGGUUGGCUGACGCCAGUCACGGUAACAGCAAAACUAUUUAUACAGCAGUUAUGGAUACAACAAAUAGAAUGGGAUGUGCCAUUGGAGGAGAAAUUGAGUGGAGAUUGGCGGCAGUUUACAUACAGUCUGCCUGCUUUAGAAAAUUUAAGGAUUCCAAGAUGGUUUGGAAUAUUGGAAGACAAAACUGCACAGUUACAUGGGUUUGCAGAUGCUUCCGAGAAGGCUUAUGCAGCAGUCGUAUACCUUAAGGUAAAUUCGCAGGUGACCAUAGUGGCUGCAAAAAGUAAGGUAAAUCCAGUAAAAAAUAGGAAGACGCUUCCAAAGCUGGAACUUUGUGCAACACAUCUAUUGGCUAAACUACUACAGAAGAUCAAAGGAGUAUUGAAGUCAGCAACACCAACUUUUGCUUGGAGUGAUUCCAUGAUUUCCUUGGCAUGGAUUCACAACUCCAAAAACAAGGAUAAGUUCAUAAAAACAAGGGUGAUGGAUAUUUUGGAGAGAAUACCCGAAGCGAAAUGGGGCUACGUCAAGUCAAAGGAGAAUCCAGCAGAUAUGGGUUCAAGGGGUGUCCCACCGGAGACUUUGACAAACAAUACAUUGUGGUGGGAAGGCCCCGAAUGGCUGAAAAAAGAUGAACAAGAUUGGCCAAAAAGCAACAUAAAUCAAACAGUAGCAACAACAGUAAAGUUUUCGACUGAAAACCACUUAUAUGAAAGUAUGAUGAAGUAUUCGUCAUUUAAGAAACAGAUACGUGUAAUGGCUUAUCUACUGCGUUUUAUAAAAGGGCUAAAAAAGAAGCGAGCAGUAAAUGAGCAUUUGACGGCAAAAGAGUUGGAAGAAGCAGAGAUGGAGAUAAUAAAACUACAUCAAGAAAGAGAAUGGCCAGUGGAACUAAGGAAAUUGAAGACAUUGGGAACGGUGGAUCAUCAAAGUAAAAUAGCUUCACUACAUCCACAGUUGGAUCGAAAUGGCAUAAUGCGGGUUGGUGGAAGACUUGCUUUGUCAGAGCUGAACUAUAACCAAAAGCAUCCAAUAAUUAUUCAAAAGUCAAGAUUAGCGGGAAAUAUCAUUCGAAAUUGUCAUAUUCAAACGAUGCAUGGAGGAAAUCGACUUAUGGAAAAUAUACUAAGACGAAAAUAUUGGAUUAUUGGAGCUAAAAAUAGGAUAAAACUUUGCAUUAGGUGUUGUCCAAGAUGUACGCGCUUUAGAGGUGAAGUGCGAAAUCAAUUGAUGGGAAAUUUACCAGCUUACCGUGUCAGUAUAAAUCAACCCUUUCAACACUGUGGCAUUGAUUAUGCGGGUCCGCUACAAAUACGGUGCUCCAAAACAAGAGGAGUGAAGGCUAUGAAGGGUUACGUAGCGGUGUUCGUAUGCAUGGUAACUAAGGCGGUUCAUUUGGAAGCUGUCAGCGGACUUACAACGGAAGCAUUUCUGGCGGCGCUAAGGCGAUUUUUCGCGAGAAGAGGAAAAUCAACCGACUUAUAUUCAGACAACGGAACGAACUUCGUAGGGGCAGCAAGGCAGCUUGACAGAGACUUUUUGGAUGCCGUUAAAAACAACACGAAGUUAGCUCCCAUUUUGGAAAAUGAAAAAAUAAGUUGGCAUUUCAUUCCGCCGGCAGCUCCUCACGUUGGAGGAAUUUGGGAAGCAGCAGUGAAGUCCAUGAAAUAUCACCUAAAAAGAAUAAUUGGUGAUACGAAAUUGACUUACGAGGAGUUGAGUACGGUGCUAUCUCAGAUUGAAGCAGUAUUAAAUUCGAGGCCGCUACAUGAACUUGGAAGCGGUACAGAAUAUAUUGACACUUUAACACCUGGACAUUUCUUAAUUGGGCGUCCGAUGUUAGAAUCACCGGCGACUAUCGAUGAAGGUAACUUAGGAUGUCUUAAUAGAUGGAAACUGCUACAACGAAUUAAAAGUCAUUUUUGGAGCAGAUGGAAAGAGGAGUAUCUAACCACAUUACAAAACCGAAUGAAAUGGAAGAAACAAAAUAAUAAUGUGGAAAUAGGCAAUGUGGUGAUAUUGAAAAACGAAGAAACGCACGCGGCGCGAUGGCCACUGGCCAAGGUGGUAGAAGUCCAUCCAGGGAAGGACGGAGUUGUAAGGAUUGUGACAGUUAAAACACAAGACGGCGUGAUAAAGAGGCCAAUUAACAAAUUAUGUCCAUUGGAGCAUAUGGACGAGGAAUCUGAAGAAUUGCCCAGACAGGAAAAACAGGCGGAAAUUACACAUACUAAUAUGACAAGAUGUGAGCGAAAAAUAAGGAAACAACCAAUAACGUGGGCAAUGAUGCUGAACUUAUUUUUACUAAUAUCUACCAAGGCAUCAUCUGUACAUGAACUGAAUAGUUCGGCUGCGGUAUAUUUGGAUCCCAUGUCUCAAAUUCACAUGGUUUCCUCAUCAUGGAAUAUGGUUGUGUACUUUGAGCUGAAACCAUAUUUAGAAACAUUAGACCUGGCUUCCGAAUUGCUGAAAACAUCAAAAAGCUUAUGCCCACGACUUCAAACUUUUGAGGAGCAGUGUUGGUCCACGAUUAACAAUAUGGAACUCAAGAUUAAUAAGAUAAAGACCAACAAUCGAUUAUUCCUCAGAGAAGACAAUCGUCAAAAAAGAGGAGCUCCGUUGAAAUUUGUAGGUUCGUUUCAACACUGGGCAUUUGGGGUAAUGGACGAUGACGAUCGAGUAGCUAUGGAGAGCAAUAUGAAAAAUCUAUUAGCCAACCAAAAGGAUUUGAAGAAGUUAGCAAAACAACAGACAUCUGUAGUCGACGCUACAGUAAAUCUUUUAAGGAAAACCACAGAGGAAGUGAAUUCGCACUUUUCGGAUAUCAAAGGCAAAAUUGAGAACAUAAGUGCUACAAUGAAUGAGAAUUACUUCGUGUAUAGAGAAUCCAUACGAUUCUUUAUAAUAGCAAAACAAAUUCAUGAGCUUUUGGAAGAAUGUGACGAAGUCCAAAAAGAAGUUGUUGAUGCAUUAAUUGAUGUAAACAGCGGUAAGUUUCAUCCCGUCCUGAUAACACCCAAACAAUUACAAGCAGAGAUAGUAAAAAUACGAGAUGCUCUGCCUGAAAAAUAUGUACUGCCAGGAAAGCGUACGGGAAUGGAAUUAAAAGAGAUCUUACAUUUGAUGACGUGCCACGGAUCGUUUGUGGGGUCCCAACUGGUAAUUAAUAUAAAAAUACCGCUGUUCAAUCGGCAGUCAUCCCAGUUUUACAAAGUAAUUCCGAUACCAUUUGAAGAAGGAAAUACGAUAUUGAUAGCCCGGGUGAAUUCCCCGUACAUUGUAUAUAAUUUUGAGCUGGAUUCUUUUCAUUUCUUAACACAGCCUAUGCUGAAUGAGUGCAAAGAGACGUUGGGUAAGGAGAUAAUGUGCGAAGAGAAUUUUCCAUGGAGAGAUGCAACUACAAAUAAUUGUGAAUUAUCUCCUCUGAGACCGCACAUAAAACUAAACUGCGCCUAUGACGAAGUGGAACGAAUGCCUUAUUGGAUGCCAUUGAAACGAAAUGGCAAUUGGCUUUUUAAAACCUUUUCAAGUGCAACAGCUCAUUUGCAAUGCUCUCACAAACAACAGACGAUUAUAGAACUUCCAAAGCAAGGAAUUCUCACGCUGGAUGCAGACUGUACAGCGAGGAUCGGUAAAGUAACGUUGGUAGCUGUGCAUAGAGUUCAUAACGAGAUAAGCACAGAAUUCCAUUCGUUUCUUUUGAAGGAUGUAAGUCCGGACGAAAAAGAAUCAAUCAAACCCCUUGGAAAUAUACUUAUCAAUCAUCAUCAAGAAAUUGACGAGCUAAAGAAAUUCGUGGACAAGUUAAAGAAAGAAAAUGUGGAAUUGCGAGGCUUGAAGUUCCAUCACAUCUCAUCACACGUAGCUUUUAUUUUAGUAAUUAUAGUAAUAAUAAUUCUAAUUAUUUUAUUUAUAAGAAGACAGAAAAAAUUAAAACGCAUAACCGAAAUUCAAUUUCCCCGAGGCCAGGAUGUCUAAAUAAAUUAUUUGCCGCCCGGGAAAAUGUUCAUAAAACUAUGAACAUGAAAGACUGCUGCAAUAAAUUAGAUCGUUAAGUGAUUUAGGCUAUAAAAUGUUUAUGUAUUUUUAACCCAACAUUCUAGAGUACUUGUAAAUGUGUGUGCAUGAAAGAUAAGAGCAUAAGGGAUGAUAACACUUCAUGCUGCUGGAGACGCAUUGAUAAUAAAGAAUAUUCUCCCAUAAACAUGCGCUCAGCUGGGGAGUAAAUAUAGAUCACAGCAAUUGUGUGUUGCAUUAGGCCUAUGCAUAGAAUUAGAAAUGUCAAGUGUUUGUAGCCUUAAGUAGAUGCAUAAGAUUAAACCCCCCUAAGAUUUCUGUUGUGUACUAGCACUUAAGUAAUACAUUUUGUUCAAUAAAAUUAGAAUUAAACUGACAAACGAACAAACAA